AUAUCCUGAUCCUGAUAAAAAACGAUUCCCAUUUCUCGAGGCUCAGCUUUCAACAAAAUCCACACCAUUGUCACGCCACCAUGUUUUCCAGAUCUUUAUUCUCAGCUAGCCUGCGCCAAGCAGCGCGCCCUGUCGCCAGGCAAAAUCUCCUGCGGCCCACGCCUUUCCUCACGGCUUUCCAACAACGUCUGCUGUCUGACCACACAAGGCAAGCUAUCGAGAAGGCCGUUAGUUCGGCACCCGUAGUGCUCUUUAUGAAAGGCACCCCAGAGACCCCCCAGUGCGGCUUUUCACGGGCUAGCAUUCAAAUCCUAAGUUUGCAAGGCGUCAACCCAGCAAAGUUCGCCGCAUUUAACGUUCUAGAAGAUGAGGAGCUGCGACAAGGUAUCAAGGAGUACUCCGACUGGCCCACCAUCCCCCAACUCUAUCUCGACAAGGAGUUUGUCGGCGGUUGCGAUAUUCUCGUCAGCAUGCAUCAGGACGGCUCGCUUGCUAAGAUGCUUGAGGAGAAGGGGGUUUUAACCCCGAUGGACGCACCAUUGGAACCACCUGCGCAGUAGAAAUGAGAACAACAUGCACAUAGAAGGAAACAGACUUGGAUCUGUAUAAUCAAAAGGCCUAUAUAGAGCUGCUGAUUAGGUUUAACGGCACCUAAGACCCCAUCGUUAACCGAAAGGUACUAUGUUUGUAGGAUUCCGUGUUUAGGUCCUUAAAGAGGUACUAGACGUCUUUGGUGUACCUACGAUUUCAUGCCUCUAGAGAAUCUACAUGGCGUAGUUCAAUUGUGCCGUGACACUCGUACAACAUGGGGUUACAACACAUGUUGGGCACUCUGAUUACUAGGUUUCCCUUUAUCAUUAUCCAUAUACUUUAUACAUGUAUCUAA